UUGAAUUUGCUUAAGCAACUACUUGGAAGCUCACUCUUGCCAUGAGAAGUGUCCACGUUUCAAUUGAAGCUCUUUAGUUCAUCCAUUUAGUUUUUUUUUUCUCUAUAUAUACUCUUUAACUCCUUCACUUACUUCCCCAAUAAUCAAAAUCUACACAAAUUGAGAAUUACAAAAGGGACAAAUUAAAUUUGUUAUUACAUACAUUUAUUACAUUUAUUAUUGUUAUUAUUGUUUGCGUGCAUGGGAGAGCCCAGCUCAAUGAGGAGUCAUGGCGCAGCCACGUCCAGCUACCGCGGUGUUCGGAAGAGGAAAUGGGGGAAAUGGGUGUCGGAGAUUCGUGAACCAGGAAAGAAGACGAGAAUAUGGUUGGGGAGCUUUGAGACCCCGGAGAUGGCGGCGACGGCCUAUGACGUAGCCGCCUACCAUUUUCGUGGUCGUGAUGCUCGUCUCAACUUCCCACAUCUUGUCAACUCUCUCCCUUUCCCUCUUAGCUCCACUCCUGAUGACAUUCGUCUGGCUGCCCAUGAGGCAGCUUUACGGGUACGAACAACGCCUGCUGUUGCAUCGUCUGAGCUGGGUGACGAAACUUCCACCUUGGGGCUUGCGCCAGUGACUGUCCGAUUGUCGCCGAGCCAAAUUCAGGCGAUUAAUGAGUCGACCUUGGAUUCGCCUAACAUGUGGAUGCAAAUGUCGUCGGAGAGUAUGCUAAUGGAUCAAGAGUUUUCAAAUGGUAAUGUGUUUGUUGAUGACAUGCAGGAUGAUGAGAUGUGGGAGAAUAUGCAUAAUGAUUCACUUUGGGAUCCUUAGAGUCAUUGGACGGUAACAUUAUUUUUUUAAAAUUAAAAAAUAGAAAAAAUGACACAUCAUUUUUACAAAAAAAAAGAAAAAAAAGAAAAAAAGAGAAAGAAUUUGGGUUGUGUGUUUAAUUAACUAAGUAUACUUUGACCAUAAUUAAUUAAUUAGGAUUAAGCAAGGUGGAUUUACUCAAAGAUAGAUGGAUUAGUUAAGAAAAUUAAUUAUUAGGAAAUAAUUGAUUUGGUGUCCAAUAAAGGAAAAGGGUACUUUUCUUUUUACUCUUUCCUUUUUUUUUUAAUACAAAAUUUACAAUAUUAUAACCAUCAAUUUGAUUAUAAGAAAAAGAAUAUAUAUACUCUUUUUUUUUUUAAUUUCUCUCACAUACAAUUAACAAACUAUAGUAAAGUUGAUAGUUUUGCCCUUUGAAAUACAAAACAAAACAAAACAAAACCAAAAUGAAAGGGGAGAGAUUGAUAAUGUUUUUGGGUGAGAGCCAAUUUGUGUCAAUUCAUGGAAAAGGAAAAGGAAGAGGAAAAAGAAAAAGAAAAAGAAGGGUUUUGGUGAACCCAAAUUUGGAUCAUGGAAUUUGGGUCUUCUUUAAUUUCUUUAUGAAUUUAGAGAUUUAAAUUAAAUUGUGGCAUUUAAUUGGGGUCCAUAUGAACCACACUUGUAGUUAGAAUAUUGGUUACCCUAAUAGGCUAUGUUUGUGGGAGAAAUUAAUAGAGUGUGGAGUGUGUGCUUUUUGUCCAAUCACAUUUGUAUAAUAUAAUAUAUGUUAAAUGAAGUUUCAUUAUUACCAUUUACAAUA